UAGUCACUUCUCUGCUGGACAUGGACUUGGGUGAUGUCACUUUAAAGCUUCAGCCUCCCCUGACUCCACCCAGACUGGAGCUUCCUGAGUCAGAGGACUCAGACCUGCCAGCACUCUUCAGAGCUCCCAGAAUCUUUGGAGAAAACUUAAGAGCUCCUCAUUUCAUUCCAAAAAAAGCGCUUACAACUUUCUGUGUGGACAUGGCAGGUCAGCAAUCCACCUCCUUGAGGAUCAUUCUCGUCGGGAAGACUGGCAGCGGCAAAAGUGCCACCGCAAACACUAUCCUCGGAAAAAGUAUAUUUGAGUCUCGGAUAGCUUCUGGCUCUGUCACCAAGGUCUGCCAGAAAGAUUCACAGGACUGGAAAGGGAGAAAUCUUCUUGUUGUGGACACCCCAGGGCUCUUUGACACUGAGGAAACAUUGUACAACACCUGCCAGGAGAUCAGCAGAUGUGUCCUGUAUUCCAGACCAGGACCUCACGCCAUCCUCAUGGUCAUGAGACUGGACCGCUACACAGAGGAGGAGCAGAACACUGUCAUGUUGCUCAGAAAGCUUUUCGGAGAGUCCAUCAUGAAGCACUUGAUCAUCCUGUUCACUCGCAAAGAAGAGUUAGAGGGUAGAGAAGUAAGUGACUUUAUAAAAGAAUCAAGUAUGAAACUGCAGAGCUUCAUCAAGGAGUGCGACGGCCGCAUCUGCGCCUUCAGCAACAAGGCUGAGGGGGAGGAGCAGGAAGCGCAGGUGCAGGAGCUGUUGCAGCUGAUAGAGAAGAUGGUGAAGGAGAACAGAGGGGCUUACUUUUCUGAUCCCAUCUACAAGGAGGUAGAGGAGAGAAUCAAGCAGCAGGUAGAGAAACUGGAUAAAAAAUACGCUGAUGAAUUAAUUAGUGCAAGGAAACUGCUAGAGAAGGAGUGUGUUGGCAAAUCAGAGCAAGAAAAGGAGGAAAAAAUAACAGCUUUGAAGAAAAGUCAUGAGAAUAGAACUAAAAAUCUAGAGCAAGAAGCUGAGGGGAAUAUAUUUGAACAUAUGAUCAAUAUCAUUAUGAAGCAAAUCUCAAAAAUAUGGCACUCCUUUUGGAAGUAAGGUAUAUUCCAGGGCCAUUUUUCUCAUCCACUUUUGACGCAGAUUUCCUUUUCCCAAUAGAGAUGUCUAAUAGCUUCCAUUUUUCCUAUUCUUCUUCAUUUGGCACCAUGUCAUUCAUCUCAACACAAUGGUGCUUCUCAGGAAAGUGACUCCUUGCUCUCUUGGGUGCUUCCCUUUGAGAUGUGGCCUUUUGUGUGGAAGCCCAACCUGCUCAUAGAAAGCCCCUCCCACACUCCUGUGAAGUCACUGGUCUUCCACAUACCAACCAGCUGUGAAAUGUGAGAACGGAACUUCUCCAGAUGCCAAUUGAACCACCUCAGAUGAAGCUCCAAAGAGCCAAAGAGGAGUCAUCCCCACUUAGUCCUGUCCAAACUGCAUUGUUAGGAUAAAAAUAAAUGAUGCCUUUUGACAACUGAGUUGUAGGAUGGCUUUU